UUUAUCCUAGGCCUUAGGGAGAACAAUAUGUAAGAGUCGGCAUCACCGGUUUACAUUUUAUUUACUUCAUGAAAGCUCUACUACAAUAACAAUAUGUAUAUGUGAGUCGAAGAAACAAACUAUCAUAUAAUAUAAUAACAUAGUAGUUUUUUAUUUAAUUGAUAUACAUUAGAAUAGAAUGGAGUUCAUCAGGCCCUCUUGUCUCAGCUUUGCUGGUGAUUUUAAUACACAGACGAAUGAAGUAAUAAAUUUUAUAAAGAUAUCCAACAAGGAAUGUAAAAACCGAAAAAAAGUCAUGUACGACUUGAAUUGUGUACUUUCAAGCAUAUGUGAAGGCUCUCAGAUAGAGGAAUUCGGAUCAAGUUUAACCGGUCUAGCCCUGAAAAACAGCGACAUAGACUGCUUCGUGAAUGUACCGAGGGAUGUCAGCGAGGAUGCCGUGCAACUCGUAUUACGAACUCAAAGGGCUCUUCUUAAAAAUAAUAAAUUUCUUAACAUAAAUGCAUUUACUAAAACAAAGAUUCCUAAAGUAAAUUUUAAGCACAGGAAAACCAAAAUAUGUUGCGAUGUUACUUUCUCUGGUCGAGGGGCGUUGAAAAAUUCACUUUUACUUCAAUACCUGAUAUCCAGUGAUGAGCGCAUCCCACCUCUGAUGUUUAUAGUUAAAUAUUGGGCUAAAAUCAAUAAAAUAACGGGUAGAUAUCUAAUGUCUAAUUACUGUCUUAUAUUGCUGGUAGUAUUCUUUUUACAAAAAGAACUUAUAUUACCAACAAUUGAGUUUCUGCAGCGUAAUGUCGACAUGGAAGAAACCGACUAUUGGAAUACGGAAUUUGCUCGUGUAGUCAAUCUGAAUGAUAAUCGGAAAAGUGUAUACAACUUAUUAGGUGAUUUUUUUCGAUUCUAUUCGAUUUUGGAUUUCGAAAAUAAUAUAAUUUCAUUAUAUACCGGUGAUUUAAUAAGGAGAGAAUGUUUCGCCAACGACCAGAAUAUUACAUCGGUCUACGAGAUGUAUUGGGUUAAUGUUACAGAACAUAAUCUACCAGCCCUUGUUUUAGAUUCUUGCUUCUGUAUUCAGGACCCUUUCAAUCAUUCGCGAAACGCGGGUGUUACUGUGAAACGUCACACGGCCGAGUUUAUUGUUCAGCUUAUGAAAAAUGCUGCGUCAAUUUAUGAACGUGAAUCUGACAAUUACUUUCUUCCGAAUCUCUUGAAUUCAAUGAAAAAUAAAUAAAAGGCAAGGCGGCUAUAUACGGACGACAAAAAUAUUUUAAAUUCUACAGUUGAAUUAAUAUUGUUUUUCAUUAGAAGAUGGCAAUAGGGUUCGACCUUUUCUUCGGGCAAGUGUACUCGCAGGUAUCUUUCUCUAAAUUUGUACCAGUUCCACUUUUAUGUUCAUGUUUAGUUUUUUUUAUGUUAUGUAAUUUAGAAUUUAUAAGUUUAUAAAUUUGGAGUUAAUAAAUGAUACUUAGAGGUC